UGGACAAUGAGUUGGCUGACCUGCUCAUUACUGUCCAGCAAAGCUGCUACUUUCUCUGAAUGAAAGUUCAGUUUCACAGACGUGAAAACACCCUCCUCCAUGCAACAUCUGAUAUUAGAAGGGGAGGAUUUGCAGACAGAUUAUCAAACCAAACAUCACAUCAGAAUCUGACAGUCACCUAUUCAUCGGGAGCUGAAUGUCUUCAGCUUUUGAAACAAGAAGCAGAAAUGUUUGUCUGUUCUGUGUGCUUCAGAAGGUUUUAAACUUAAGUGUGACUGGAAAAGCACUGACACACAUACACACACGAAAGUGUUCCAGUGCACUAACAGUGGAAAGAGCUUUAACUAGUUACACAGCCUGAAAAAACACACCAUUCAUAGUGGAGAGGGACCAUACUUGUGUGUGUGGAUAAGUUUUCAACUGAGCGUCAAACCUGGGGAGAUACAAGGACACCCUCACCAUGGAGAAACCAUGGAAAUGUUGGGAGUGUGCGAAGGGAUUCCGUACCCCGUCUGCACUGGAAAUUCAUCGACGGAUUCACACCGGGGAGAAGCCAUUCAUCUGCUCCACGUGUGGAAAGGGAUUCACACACUCAUCCCACCUGUUUACACAUCAGCGAGUUCACACUGGGGAGAGGCCAUUCACCUGCACUGAGUGUGGGAAGGGAUUCACUUGCUCAUCCCACCUGCAGACACACCAGCGAGUUCACACUGGGGAGAGGCCAUUCACCUGCUCUGUGUGUGGGAAGGGAUUCAGUGAAUCAUCCACCCUGCAGAAUCACCAUGUAGUUCACACUGGUGAGAGGCCAUUCAUCUGCUCUGUGUGCAAGAAGGGAUUCACUCGGUUAACCAACAUGCUGAGACACCAGAUGGCUCACACUGAAGAGAGGCCAUUUACCUGCUCCGUGUGUGGGAAGGGAUUCACUCGGUCGACCAGUCUACAGACACACCGACACGUUCACACUGGAGAAAGGCCGUUCAGCUGCAAGGAGUGUGGGAAGGGAUUCACACACUCAUCCAGCCUGUGGAAACACCAGCGAGUUCACACCGGGGAGAGGCCUUUCACCUGCUGUCUGUGUGGGAAAGGAUUCAGUGAGUCAUCCCACCUGCUGAGACAUCAGCGAGUUCACACCAGGGAGAGGCCAUUCACCUGCUCUGAAUGUAGGAAGGUAUUCGCUGAUUCAUCCAGCCUCCGAAGGCAUCAGCGAGCUCAUACAGAGGAGAGAGACUGUUCACCUGUUCUGAGUGUGGGAAAGGAUUCACUGAGUCAGCCAACUGGCUGAGAUCCCAUGGCAGUCACACUGAUUAGAGACAUUUUAGAUACUCUGACUGCGGGUGUUAAUUGUAUCAAUGGAGGUUCAGAUGGAGGGCCUGUUUGGAUGGUUACAUGAGUGCAAAGAGAGAGACACUUACUGACAGAGC